AUGGGUGAUAUUGCAAACACUCUAGCCAUCAAGAGAUGGUGGCAGUUCAGACAAAACAAAUCCGUGUGGGCUGAUUUUCUCAAAGCCAAAUACUGCCCUAGAAUGCAUCCAGUGGGUAAGAAAUGGCAGCCUGGUAAUUCACAAGCAUGGAAACAUCUUCUAUGGGCUAGGGACAAAAGUGAAUAUUGUAUACAAUGGAACAUCAAUUCAGGAUCAUGCAGCUUUUGGUGGGAUAACUGGACUAAAACUGGUCCAUUGGCACAUACUUGGUCUAGCUUCAUCAACAAAAAUAACUAUAGAGCCAAGGUACAAGACUUCAUUGUUAAUCAAAGAUGGAAUGCACAUAAAAUCUACAAAGCCAUACCAAGUCAGUUAGCAUUGCAUAUCAUGUCCAUUGAGAUAGGAAAUGAAGAUACUGAAGACUAUGCUAUUUGGAGUCCCACUGAAGAUGGUAACUAUUCUAAUAGCUCAUCUUGGAAUUUGAUUAGAAAGAACAGAUAUGUUGACAAUUUUAUAAACAAAAUCUGGCACAAAGCUAUUCCCUUUAAGAUGCCCUUUAUUUGUUGGAGGAUGUUUUCGAGUAAACUACCAUUUCCUAGAGCUUGGAACAAUGCCAAUGCUAGCACACAAGACAGAAUCUACUGUGUUUGCUGUCAUGACCCUCAGUUAGAAAGUAUGCAAUAUGUGAUGGUGGAAGGCAAAGCUGCAGACUGUUUGUGGAAAGCCAUGGGCGGACCACUGGGACUUAUACAUCAACACUCUCCCAUACGAUCAAUUUUUAGCAACUGGUGGAAUACUAAGCCCGAAAACAAGAUUCAUAUAUUGAUGCUUCAAGCAACACCUGUGUUGAUAUGUUGGGAGAUUUGGAAAUCAUGGACAUCUUGCAAGUAUGGAGACAAGAACAAGUUUUAUCAUUACAAAAUGGUGAAUCAAUUACUGAUGAGACGUGGGCAAAUGUAUGCAAAAAAAGUGGAAAGUCUUAGACAUAAAAUAAGAUGUAAUCCUGUACAUUGGGAGAAGCCUGCUACUGGUAUGGUGAAGCUAAACACUGAUGGGAGUUUUUUCACAAACACUAGAAAAGCUGGCAUAGGAGGUGUUGUUAGAGAUGAGGCACGAGACUUGAUUUUUGCCUUCUCAGUCCUAGUCAAUUGCAGCAGUAACAAUCAGGCUGAAGCAGCUGCUGUUAAUUAUGGCAUCAACUGGUGA